AUCAGUCAUAUCAUUUGGAUCAAAAAACAGAACAAUUGGAGUUGCAGCCAAAAACCAGCAAAUCACUCAUGCAAAUAAUACGGUGUCUAACUUUAAGAGAUUUCAUGGCCGAGCAUUCAAUGACCCUUUCAUUCAAAAGGAAAAGGAAAACUUAAGUUAUGAUUUGGUUCCAAUGAAAAACAGUGGAGUUGGAAUAAAGGUAAUGUACAUGGAUGAAGAACAUCAAUUUAGUGUGGAACAGAUAACAGCCAUGUUGUUGACUAAGUUGAAAGAAACUGCUGAAAAUAAUCUUAAGAAGCCAGUGACAGAUUGUGUCAUUUCAGUUCCUUCCUUCUUCACAGAUGCUGAGAGGCGAUCUGUAUUAGAUGCUGCACAGAUUGUUGGCUUAAAUUGUUUAAGGCUUAUGAAUGACAUGACAGCUGUUGCUUUGAAUUAUGGAAUUUAUAAGCAGGAUCUCCCAAACCCAGAUGAGAAACCUCGGAUAGUGGUCUUUGUUGAUAUGGGACACUCUGCUUUUCAAGUAUCUGCCUGUGCUUUUAACAAGGGAAAAUUGAAGGUUUUGGGAACAGCUUUUGAUCCAUUUCUGGGAGGAAAAAACUUCGAUGAAAAGCUAGUUGAACACUUCUGUGCAGAGUUUAAAACUAAGUACAAAUUGGAUGCAAAGUCCAAAAUUCGAGCUCUUCUUCGUCUGUAUCAGGAGUGUGAAAAAUUGAAAAAACUAAUGAGCUCUAAUAGCACAGACCUGCCAUUGAAUAUAGAAUGUUUUAUGAAUGACAAGGAUGUUUCGGGAAAGAUGAACAGGUCACAAUUUGAAGAACUCUGUGCUGAACUCCUGCAAAAAAUAGAAGUACCCCUUUAUUUAUUGAUGGAACAAAUUCAGCUCAAGGUAGAUGAUGUGAGUGCUAUUGAGAUAGUUGGAGGUGCCACACGAAUUCCAGCUGUGAAAGAAAAAAUUGCCAAGUUCUUUGGAAAAGAUGUUAGUACAACACUCAAUGCAGAUGAAGCAGUAGCCAGAGGAUGUGCACUACAGUGUGCAAUUCUUUCUCCAGCAUUUAAAGUUAGAGAAUUUUCUGUCACAGAUGCAGUUCCUUUUCCAAUAUCUCUGGUCUGGAACCAUGAUUCAGAAGACACUGAAGGUGUUCAUGAAGUGUUUAGUCGAAACCAUGCUGCUCCUUUCUCCAAAGUUCUCACCUUCUUGAGAAGGGGGCCGUUUGAACUAGAAGCUUUCUAUUCUGAUCCUCAAGGAGUUCCUUAUCCAGAAGCAAAAAUAGGCCGUUUUGUAGUUCAGAAUGUUUCUGCACAGAAAGAUGGAGAAAAAUCUAGAGUAAAAGUCAAAGUACGAGUCAAUACCCAUGGCAUUUUCACCAUCUCUACGGCAUCUAUGGUGGAGAAAGUGCCAACUGAGGAGAAUGAAGUGUCUUCUGUUGAGGCAGACAUGGAGUGUCCAAAUCAGAAGCCACCAGAAAAUCCAGACACUGAUAAAAAUAUCCAGCAAGACAACAGUGAAGCUGGAACACAGCCCCAGGUACAAACUGAUGGUCAACAAACCUCACAGUCUCCCCCUUCACCUGAACUUACCUCAGAAGAAAACAAAAUCCCAGAUGCUGACAAAGCAAAUGAAAAGAAAGUUGAUCAGCCGCCAGAAGCUAAAAAACCCAAAAUAAAGGUGGUGAAUGUUGAGCUACCUGUUGAAGCCAACUUGGUCUGGCAAUUAGGGAAAGAUCUUCUUAACAUGUAUAUUGAGACAGAG